AUGAUAAGAAAAGUGGUGCUCGGGACGGGGUUGCUGGCGUUCGUGCCGCAAGUACGGGCAGCGACGCCGGUGGAUGAUCAACCUGAGCCGCACAAACCGCCGCCAAUGAGGCCCUCAGACCUGCCCUAUUAUGACUCGCCUCACGCACAAUAUGGCGAAUUUGUUGAAAGUAAAGCAAAACAAAAAAAUGAUAGCUAUAUAAGGAGAGUGCUACUAGAGCCGGUGAAAUCUACGAGGGAACAGGUGCAGAGCGUGUUUAAGCAUACAGAUGGCAUCAAGAAUACUGUGAUGGACAAUUAUAAGGAGUUCAAGGACCGGACUGACUGGAUUGUAAAGUACCUUCAAGAGGAAGAGAAUAAGGAAGUUAGGUAUGGCGCAGUGGUGAUGGGAGGCCUUACAGGGUUCAUAUUUGGUCUUCGUGGAGGCUUUUUCAGGAGGAUAAUCUAUACGAGUGUUGGAACAACGGCAAUGGGCGCAGUCUGCUUCCCAGAGGAAACAAGCCAGCUGGCUGCGAAAAACGGUGUGCUGGCCAAACAGUAUAUUAACAUUGCAUAUAAUUUCUUUUAUGGAGUUAAACCGGGCGAUCCACAACUUGAGGUGAAAUUCCCUGAGCUAUCUUUCCCCAAAGAUUUCUCAGGGUUCGUGGACCUCACAGUGUCAAUGGCAUCUAGCAUCAAACAGGCUUUAAUGCCUCCACCCACUAAAGAGGAGGCAGAAAGCAAACCAGAGAAAAAGGAAUAGUUGACUACUAUCUAAGUGAAGAUAAAGUAGACGAACAGACAUUACAGAGUUCGUGAACCAGGUUUUAGUGUAUUAUUUAUUUGUUCCAGUAUCAUUUGUAAACGAGUUUUGAAAUAAAACAUUAUUUUUAUUUUCAA